GUCAUGGCUUCUUCUCCUUCUUCCGCAGUCAAUGUGCUCCAGCGCAAGCCGACCAACGUCGCGAUCCACACGAAUCCGCAGCACGAGCUGCACGUCGUCGAGAGCGAGGUGCCCGAACCCGGGCCGGGAGAAUGCCUGAUUCACGUGCGCGCGACGGGCAUCUGCGGCUCCGACGUGCACUUUUGGAAGCACGGGCACAUUGGGGAUAUGGUUGUGAGGGAUGAAAACGGGCUUGGGCACGAGUCGGCGGGCGUCGUGGUCCGUGUGGGCGCCGACGUGACGCGUUGGAAGCCUGGCGACCGCGUCGCACUCGAGAACGGAAUUCCUUGCUCCAAGCCCACCUGCUACUUCUGCAGGACUGGCCGCUACAAUGCCUGCCCGGAUGUCGUCUUCUUCUCCACGCCGCCCCACCACGGCACGCUGCGCCGCUAUCACGUGCACCCAGAGGCAUGGCUGCACCGCCUGCCGGACAGCCUGAGCUUCGAAGAGGGCUCGCUGCUGGAGCCGCUGUCGGUAGCCUUCGCCGGCAUCGACCGCUCCGGCCUCCGUCUGGGCGAUCCGCUGGUCAUCUGUGGCGCGGGUCCAAUCGGCCUCGUCACUCUGCUCGCUGCCCAUGCUGCCGGCGCCCAGCCCAUCGUCAUCACUGACCUGGACGAGCACCGCCUUGCCAUGGCGAAGGACCUUGUGCCGCGCGUGCGUACCGUCCAGGUUACCCGUGAAGACACCCCCGAGGCCCUUGGGUCCAGGAUUGUGGCUGCGCUGGGCGAGGAGGCGAAGCUUGUCCUCGAGUGCACGGGUGUUGAGAGCAGCAUCCACGCCGGCAUCUACGCCACACGCUUCGGAGGGGCAGUAUUCGUCAUCGGCGUUGGAAAAGACUUCCAAAACGUGCCCUUCAUGCAUCUCUCUGCCAAGGAAAUCGAUCUGCGCUUCCAGUAUCGCUACCACGACACCUACCCCAGGGCUAUCGGCUUGGCCGAGGCCGGCCUGGUCGAUCUAAAGAAGCUCGUCACGCACAGGUACGCGCUCGAGGACGGCCUGGAGGCUUUCAAGACUGCUUCCACGCCGUCGGCGAGGGCUAUCAAGGUCCAGAUCCUGGAUGAUUGAUGCUCUUCACUGUGCAGUUGCCACAUGGAGGCUGUUUGUCGCACUGUUCUUCGAGUUUAGGGCCGCACUUGGAGAUGAAUUACAGCACAAGGCUUAAUCCUGCACGUCCAUCAUGAACAGACUUUAUGGAUAGUAGUGGAUUUUAUUCGAUGGUGUGCCUGCGAAUUGUUUAGUGUUGCAUGGACGCACUUUAACAUGACAAUUCUUGCAACCUAUGCAGUCAUUC